CCCGGGACGCGUCCGCCGUCCAUGGCUAUCGACCUUGUGACCUCCUGGGACAGUCUCUGGAAUGGCGCAAGUACAAGUAAGCGGUGGAUGUGCGGAAGAGCGGAAGGCCUUGCUGGUCCUUGCUCAGUCGUCUCUCUGUGCUUUCAACUGAGCAUACCGUCUUUCCUGGAUGGCUGAGUCCGAGUCCAAGCUGCGCUCUCAGUCACCGGUGGAGAAGGUGGAAGAGGGUGUCGAGUCUAUCCAAGUCGUCCCGAUUGACCCUGAUGCAGAAUUCUGUGGGACAGAGGCCCGGAGGAGGCUCGAGCGGAGGCUGCUGUUGAAGCUCGACUUGCGCAUGUUCAUCCUGGUUAUCAUCUAUAUACUGAACUAUAUCGACCGCAACAAUGCCAGCGCUGCUCGACUGAAGGGCCUUGAGUCAGACCUACACCUCCAAGGACAACAGUUUGCAACGCUGUUGUCCAUCCUGUAUGUGGGAUAUAUCGUCAUGCAGGUCCCCUCGAACAUGAUCUUAAAUCUGAUCGGGAAACCGUCUCUGCAGUUGCCGAUUUGUAUGAUGAUCUGGGGCGCUCUGUCCAUAUUGACUGGCAUCACACACAGUUUCGUUGGUGCGCUCCUGACACGCUUUUUUCUUGGUUUCGUCGAGGCAGCAUUCUUCCCUGGCGCACUGUUUCUCCUCAGCAAAUGGUACAAGCGGAGCGAGCUCGGCGCUCGGACUGCUAUCCUUUAUGGCGGGAAUAUCAUCAGCAAUGCUUUCGGCUCAUUAAUCGCAUCUGGCAUCCUGGACACGAUGCAAGGCAAGCUUGGGCGGGCAGCGUGGCGCUGGCUCUUCUACAUCGAGGGUUCCUUGACGAUCUUCUUUGCCAUCUGCGCGGUGUUUAUCCUGCCAGACUUCCCGGCUACCGAGCGCGGAAAGUGGCUUAGCCCACUCGAGCGGCGUCUGGCGUUGCGGCGAAUGGAGGAGGAUGCAGGUGUUGGAGACGAAUACGAGACUGAAGAUGGUCGUCAUAGCUCUGGCUUGUGGCUGGCGAUGACGGACUGGAAGGUAUGGUGGAUGGCCUUCGCGAUGUUGAGCCAGGUCGUCGCGUUGAGCUUCAAUGCGUACUUUCCGACUUUAAGCGCUACGAUGGGAUUCGACACGACGGUGACGCUGCUGCUCUGCGCGCCGCCGUUCAUACUAGCUUGCAUCCUCGCUUACCUCAACUCUCGCCAUUCUGACAAGACGGGAGAGCGGUUCUGGCACAUGUCCAUAUCCUGGGCGUUAGGGAUCGUAGGAUUUAUUAUCUCCAUCUGCACGAUGGACGUGGCUGCGCGAUAUGUCUCUCUCUUUCUCAUGGCGCAACAGUACGCUGGGUUUGUCGUUCUCUACACUUGGGUCAGCAAUUCUUUCCCCCGUCCGCCAUCGAAACGUGCAGUGGCUGUCGCUUUCGUCAAUGCCUUCUCACAGUUGGGCAAUGUAGCUGGCUCAUAUGUUUGGCCGAGCAGCUGGGGUCCCACAUACCGCUACUCAUAUGCUAUCUGUAUAGCAACCUCUGGAUGCGCAAUAUUGAUGUGCUAUAUCUUCAAGCUUCAUCUCGAAUCGCUGAACAGGCAGAUGGCGAAAGAAGAGGAGGAAAAGGGAGUGAAAGAAAAGGGUUUCCGGUACCUUGUGUAAGAAUUGUCGGUUGAAUAUUUUCACCAUUCCCUCCUUUGCUAUCGUGUACUAUAGAAUAACAUAGCAAGACGGAUCUUCGUCCUCGGCAUUCAGCAUCGGAGUAGUAUAAAAAGGUAUCGGGUGGUG